UCUCGGUGCUCUGCCUCUCGUCCCUUCCCUUUCCUGUCAUACAGAUCCAUUCAUUCCUCUGUGUCACGUUCUCCUCACAACGUGCCUUCGUCGUUCUUCUUUCAGUCUCUCCCUUGACCGAACGAUUUCUACUCCUCCGUGGUCUGUGGCUUGUCGCUGGGAGCAUGGGUUCUAGGGGUAGAGACAUAUUCAUACAGUAAUGAAUAAGGCUUGGUGGUGAUUUUGAAACUCGAAAGCAGGGAUAGAGCUGCUUCGCUUCUAACGUGGUUUUUAGGGCAAACGGAGUUUAGCUGAACUCAAGUUUGUUUCGUUGCUCCAUUUUUUUUCUGACGUGAGUUGAGAUUGAAACUUGGUUUUGGGAAAAAUUGAAAGUUGAAACCAAAAAACUAGGUUGGAUUGAAUGAACGAGGGCUUGGUGGGGGCGGUGGUUUUGGGUGCUGCCGGUGUGGCCAGACACUGAGUGUUGACGUGGAAGAAUUUCCUAGUCGCUGCACUGUUCUCUCCCUUUGUGCAACCAGACUUCCGAGCUGAACUCGGGACGGUUCUCCAUUUUCGUAGCAGUACAGGAAGAUGUCGGUUCUAAUCGUCACGAGCUUAGGAGACAUAGUGGUAGAUUUGUACACCGAUAAAUGCCCGUUGACGAGUAAAAAUUUCUUGAAGCUUUGCAAGAUUAAGUACUAUAAUGGGUGUCUAUUUCACACUGUUCAGAAAGAUUUCACUGCUCAGACUGGUGAUCCAACUGGAAUUGGGAGCGGUGGUGAUUCUGUUUACAAAUUUCUCUAUGGUGAUCAAGCUCGCUUUUUUAGUGAUGAGAUUCAUAUUGAUUUAAAACAUUCUAAGACUGGUACAGUUGCCAUGGCUAGUGCUGGAGAGAACCUGAAUGCUUCCCAGUUCUACAUCACUCUGCGUGAUAAUCUUGAUUACCUUGAUGGAAAGCACACUGUUUUUGGUGAGGUAGCUGAAGGACUUGACACUUUGACUAGAAUAAAUGAAGCUUAUGCAGAUGAGAAUGGGAGACCUUAUAAAAAUAUCCGAAUCAAGCACACUUACAUCUUAGAUGAUCCUUUUGACGAUCCUUCUCAGCUAGCUGAGUUAAUUCCUGACGCUUCCCCAGAAGGAAAGCCAAAAUAUGAGAUUGUUGAUGAAGUGCGGCUUGAAGAUGAUUGGGUGCCCAUGGAUGAACAAUUAGAUCCAACAGAGCUUGAGGAGGUUAUUAGGGCAAAGGAAGCUCAUUCUAGGGCUGUUGUACUGGAGAGUAUUGGAGAUAUUCCUGAUGCUGAGAUCAAGCCUCCUGAUCACGUGUUAUUUGUUUGUAAAUUGAACCCAGUUACUGAGGAUGAGGACUUGCAUACUAUAUUUUCACGCUUUGGGACUGUUGUGUCGGCUGAAAUCAUCCGUGAUCAAAAGACUGGUGACAGCUUAUGCUAUGCUUUCAUAGAGUUUGAGGACAAGCAGGCGUGUGAACAAGCAUAUUUUAAGAUGGAUAAUGCCCUGAUUGAUGAUCGAAGGAUACACGUAGAUUUUAGUCAGAGUGUGGCAAAACUAUGGUCACAGUAUAGGCGCAAAGAUCAAACUGGUAAAGGUAAGGGCUGCUUCAAAUGUGGUUAUUCAGAUCACAUUGCCAAGGAUUGCACUGAGGAUGCCAAAAAUAACCAAACGACGAAGUACAUCUUGAAGGAUGACAAUGCCCAACGUGGUGGGGAUAAUGCCAGUUAUGAAAUGGUGUUCGAUCGAGAUGACACGGAGAGUCCAAGGCAAGGAAAGGGACACAGAAGGCAUGAUAAGGAUGACCCAAUUGAGAGGAAAAGUAUGCAUAGGGGUCGCAGGGAUCAAGAGAAGAUAGGCUCAGACAACGGAGAUAGGAAUGGUGAUAGAAGCAAAGGAAGAUAUGAAAGAGAUGGAAGAGAUGUGGAUUCCCGUGCAGAGAGGAAAGACAGAGAUAAGCAUGUGGAAAGACGUAGAGACGAUGAUGGUUAUGGUCGGAAAGAUGAUCGAGAUUCUAGGAAGAGAUACGAGGAUGAUAGCCGUACGGAGAGACGGCUGGAUGCAGAUUAUAGGAGAAGAGCGGAUUCUAGCCAUGUGGAGAGAAGGGAUGAGAAGGAGUACGGCAGAGAUAGGGAGAAGAGGAAGAAGGAUGCUUCAGGUUCAGCUGAAUAUGGCCAUGAAGGCCAUGAAGACAGGAGGAGAAUGGAUGACAGGGAUCAUAGGACCAAAAAGGAAGACCAAAUCAGGCAAGACUCGAAGAAUGAGUCCAGAGAAAGAAAAAGAAGUAUAGAUGAUGAUGAUGAUGAAGAUUACAGACGUCGAAGGGAAGAACGUGGGCAUAGAAGAAGAGACAUUGAGUUCAAUGAUGAUCGACAUAGGAGACAUCAUAGUGACAGGAGAUGACUUUAGAUGUCACUAAAAUUUCUGGAUUAGUUGGUUUCUAGCCUCCUUUUACAUGACAAUUAAUGUUUCUUUUCUUUUCUGUGGGUGCUCCAUGUGGCUGUGCCAAUGUUCAUUUUGUUUGAACAGCUAGUGAUACUAAAGAAGUUGACUGUACUGGGUUUUUGGGGACGAAACAUACAUGAUACUUUAAAAUUGACUGUCAAAUCUAACGCAA